AGCCCCGCCCCCCGCGGCUGCCGGGGAGGGGGCGCACCUGGGGCAGGUAGCGGCGGGGCGGCCGGGCCGGGGCUGCGGGCGCAGCGGCCGGAGCGGGGGGGCCGCGCCGGGGCGGCGGGGCCGGUUUCGGGGCGGCGGCGGGAGCCCUCCGGACCAGGAGGCGCCUCUCUGCCCGCGGCGCCCCCGCGGCGCCCGGAAGUGGGGCCCGCUCGCUUCCGCCCCGAGCCGGAAGUGGCCGUUGCUAGCCCCGCCGCCAUGCCGCGGAAGCGACGCCAGCGGGCCGCGGCCGCCCCCGGGGUGGAGGAGGACGAGCUGCUGCUGCUGCAGAGCCAGGCCCUGGCCGAGGAGGAGGCCGCCAAGAAGAAGGGGGAGAUGCUCACCCAGUUCCUGAAGGACAAGCUGGCCAAGGAGGAGCACAACAGCGCCCUGAACCUCAACAAGAUCAACACGCAGUGGCGCGCGGUGUUGCGGGAGGCCAAGGCCGAGGAGCUGCGCGCGGACAUCGAGAUCCUGAGCCAGACCUUCGCGCGGGUGACGGACUGCAAGGACAGCGUCAUCAGAUCCCUGGCCAGAGACCUGUUGGAGGCGGAGGCGCAGCACGGCCGGGCCCUGUGCAGCCACCUGCACAACAUCGACCGCCUGCUGCAGCUGCAGCGCUGCCGCCUGCGCUACCUGCAGGACGAUUAUAACGCGGAGCUGGCGGCCCUCAGGGAGGAGUUCGAGACAGAGAGGAGAGCGAUCCUGGAGCAGCACGAGCAGGAACGCUGCUACCUGCAGGGCGUGAUGCUGGCCGCGGAGCAGAGCUUCGUCGAGAACGACUGCGAGGCCACGCUGAACUUCCAGAGCGCCUGGGACGACGUUAAGAGCAAGCAACUGGAGGAGAAGCAGUACAGCCGCUUGCAGCUGGGCAGCAAGGUGGAUUCCCUCUGGAAGCAGUUCCAGCAGGUCCUGCACAGCUACGCGGAGGCCACGGAGGACCAGAAGAUCGCCUUCGAGGUGCUCAAGCAGAAGGACGAGAAGAGCUCCAGGGAGAUAGAGAUGCAGGCGAAGAAGCUGCACAAACUCCAGGACUCCAUCGCGGCCGUGAAGGGCAGGAUCACGGAUCACCUCCAGGAGAGCAAGGAGCAGAACCGGUGCAUGCGGGAGGAGAAGGAGCUCGUCCUCGGGCAGCUCCAGGAGCUCAAGAGGGAGAUGAACCAGGCCAGGGCCAAGGCCCGCGGCAGCCUGGCCGAGCUCACCGCGCGGAGCAGCGCUGCCCUGAAGGCGCUCCUGCACGUCGUGGCGAAGGCAGAGCGCGUCCUGCGGCUGGGCGAGAUGUGCCGUAAGCUGGAGUCGGAGGAGGAGAAGGUGCUGCCGUUCUACCCUUCCUCGCUGGCUGAGGAGGAGCAGCGGGACGUGGAGCAGGUCCUCAGGGAGACGCCCGCAGAGCCUCUGGCCCAGGCCAUGCAGGACUACGCGGGGCUGGAGCGCUUCUGGCAGCGGUUCAACAAGGCGAAGCUGGAGGAGCUGGCGCUGGCGCGGGAGAGGGCAGCUCUGAGCCGCAGGAACGGGCGCCUGCGGGAGCUGCUGGCGCAGUACCUGGAGGGCGUCUCCGUGAGCCCGGAGCUGCUCCGCAAGCCCAACCCGCUCCUCACCCUCCAGCACAGCAGCUGCAGCCCCAGGGCCCGGCGCCGCGCCGGGGGGGCCGUGCACAACGUCGUGGAGGCGGCGCACGUGGCCUCGCGCAUCCUGUGAGGCUCCCGGGGGGGGACGCAUGGCCAGAUCGGCCCCGGCCAGUGCCUGAAUCGCCCGGCUGAGCCCGGUGCUCGGGGCAGCACGGACGCUGGGCCGGCAGGAGCUGCCAUUAAAGAGCUCGACUGUG